AAGUAUUUUGUUUUUGUAAUUCAUAACCUCUAUAUUAUUCACAGAGUACUUUGUAACAUACUGAAAUACUGAUAUUAUUGUUGUGACUAAAAAAUCUCGCACAGAUUGGUAUAAAAUGAACUUACCUAUAAGAUCGAAUUUCAUUAGGUGCAAUCUGUUAGCAUCGCUUCGUAAAUAUGCCACAACGUCUCCGGAAAUUGAACAAAACGAGCAAGUUUUAAUAGACGAUACGGAUGAUGUCCAAGCAAGAGAAGCUGAAAUUGAGAAGAAACGGAACAAGUCGAAGCUUUCACCGGCUCAUUACAAUCUUGUAAAUGGCAGAAGACCAUACGUAACACCGAAAUCUACGGCUCACCUUACCGUAAAAUACAAUCGUAAAAUGUACGGCAUAUAUGGUGUUACAAGUGGUGUUAAUCCAAGUCUAUGUUGGCCAACGAAGGCUGAAAUUCAAGAGAAACAGGAAUAUGAAGCUGUAGCAUAUCCUUUUACAAUCAGGGAAAUGAUUGAUGCUGCGGCGGUUAGAAGGAAAGAAGAGCAAGCUAGAAUUGAAGAGAGGGAUAAAGAAGUUGCUGCCAAAUUUCAUAAAUUAGAUCAAUGGAAGAAGGAGCUCAAUGCUAAGAUUGCCAAGAAAACAGCAGAAGUACAAGCUGCUAAGCUCAAAAAGGAGCGCCUUGUUGAAGAAGUUAGAAGACACUUUGGCUUCACUCUGGACCCGAGAGAUGAAAGGUUCCAAGAGAUGUUGGCCAAGCGAGAGAAAGAACAGAAGAAGAAGGAGAAGCAAGCAAGAAUGGAAGCCAAGGAGAAGUUAAUGAUUGCUAAACUUCAACAGAAAAAUGUGGAACUAAAUGAGAAAGCUUAACAGAGAAAAUAGUUUUAAAUUGUAGUAUAUGUUACAUAAAAAAGAUAAUAUAAAAUAAAAUAAAUGUGGU